AUGGCCGGGUCCGACACCACGCCCUUCCUCAGCCAGGCAGAUGACACGGAUGACGGGCCAGUGCCCGGCACCCCGGGGUUGCCGGGGUCCACUGGGACCCCGAAGUCCGGGGAGCCCGAGAUCCCGGACCGGGAGGGCUUGCAGCGCAUCACGGGCCUGUCUGCGGGCCGUUCGGCUCUCAUAGUGGCCGUGCUGUGCUACAUUAACCUCCUCAACUACAUGGAUCGCUUCACCGUGGCUGGGGUCCUUCCCGACAUCGAGCAGUUCUUCGGCAUCGGGGACAGUAGCUCCGGCCUCAUCCAGACCGUGUUCAUCUCCAGUUACAUGGUGUUGGCACCUGUGUUUGGCUACCUGGGUGACAGGUAUAAUCGGAAGUAUCUCAUGUGCGGGGGCAUUGCCUUCUGGUCCCUGGUGACGCUGGGAUCCUCCUUCAUUCCCAGAGAGCGUUUCUGGCUGCUCCUCCUGACCCGGGGCCUUGUGGGGGUCGGGGAGGCCAGUUACUCCACCAUUGCCCCCACGCUCAUCGCUGACCUCUUCGUGGCAGACCAGCGGAGUCGGAUGCUUAGUGUGUUCUACUUCGCUAUCCCUGUCGGCAGUGGCCUGGGCUACAUUGCAGGCUCCAAAGUGAAGGAUGUGGCUGGAGACUGGCACUGGGCUCUGAGGGUGACCCCAGGUCUAGGAGUGCUGGCUGUCCUGCUGCUGUUUCUGGUAGUUCGAGAACCGCCAAGGGGAGCUGUGGAACGCCACUUGGACUCACCUCCCCUGAGCCCCACCUCAUGGUGGGCAGAUCUGAGGGCUCUGUCAAGAAAUCCUAGUUUCGUCCUGUCAUCCCUUGGCUUCACCUCUGUGGCCUUUGUCACUGGCUCUCUGGCUCUGUGGGCUCCUGCAUUUCUGCUGCGUUCCCGUGUGGUCCUGGGGGAGACCCCCCCCUGCCUUCCUGGAGACUCCUGUUCUUCCUCUGACAGCCUCAUCUUUGGGCUUAUCACCUGCCUGACCGGUGUCCUGGGUGUGGGCCUCGGCGUGGAGAUCAGCCGUCGCCUCCGCCGCGCCAACCCCCGGGCGGACCCACUGGUCUGCGCUGCUGGACUCCUGGGCUCCGCACCCUUCCUCUUCCUGUCCCUCGCCUGUGCCCGUGGUAGCAUCGUGGCCACUUAUAUUUUCAUCUUUAUUGGGGAGACCCUGCUGUCCAUGAACUGGGCCAUCGUGGCUGACAUUCUGCUGUACGUGGUGAUCCCCACGCGGCGGUCCACCGCAGAGGCCUUUCAGAUUGUGCUGUCCCACCUGCUGGGGGAUGCCGGGAGCCCCUACCUCAUCGGCCUGAUCUCUGACCGCCUCCGCCGGAGCUGGCCCCCCUCCUUCCUGUCCGAGUUCCGGGCCCUGCAGUUCUCGCUCAUGCUCUGUGCCUUCAUUGGGGCCUUGGGUGGUGCGGCCUUCCUGGGCACCGCCAUCUUCAUUGAGGGCGACCGCCGGCAGGCCCAGCUACACAUACAGGGUGUGUUGCGGGAGGCAGGGCCCACAGAUGACCGUAUUGUGGUGCCUCAGCGAGGCCGCUCCACCCGGGUCCCCGUGUCCAGCGUGCUCAUCUGA